ACCUGCAGGUGUCGUCAGAGCUGCAUCAUCAGUGUGGCUGUCAGCGGCAUGUACUGUACAGUAGGGCAGCUGGGCUUUAUUUUGCUUCCCAGGCUGGAAACCACUGUAGCGCAGUUGGACUUGACGUCUAGCAACGCAACAUCACAGACUUAAAACAAGCAGACGCGGCGACUUAGCACGUUAGCGACUGCAUUUACAGAGGACAACGUAUUCUGGAUUGCUGCCAGAGACCGUGUCUUCCACCGUCUGUGGCAGUCAGGAAGGAUGACAUAGAACGUUCCAAUAAAGCCGGACCAAUACUGGAUUUUUGAAGCUGCUGUGGUGCCAGUGUGAGAGCGGCUCAGUACCUCGUGCUGAGCUCUGCACGCAACAGGACAGCAGCAGGACAAAAGACAUAAGAGGAGAAAGGGAAGGACGGGAGGCAAAAACACAAGGGAACAAUCCAGCAAAAGAGCUCAGAGAAUCGGAGGAGACAGCAUGUUGAUUAGAGCUGUGUUUAAGAGACAAACCUGACUGUGGAGGAGACAGGCAGACAGACAGACUGAGAGAUAUAUAGAUUCUUAAAUUCUCAAACGCAGAAAAGACUGCUGAGACGCUCACCUGCAGCCAGGCAGGCUGAAAAAUUGAGCGACAGCCAAGAGUUCAGGGUGCUGGCCAUGGCUGUGGGCCUGCUGCUGGGAGGAUAGAGUUCAGAUCAGAUACCCACAGUGUAACUUCUUAAACCGUCAUCCAUCCUCUACUAAUCUGACCCCGACUCCAAAUCAGUGUCUCAAACCCAAAAAGACCCCUUCAUCUCCUCCUUUUGUGCUCCUCUUCCUCUUAGCCAUCUCAAUAUUUCCACAAGUCCGGUGUACUCUGCAGUAGCAACACUGUCAAAAGACAGUUAAAUCAUCACACAGACUAGUUCACCAGUCAGUUUUGUACUUAGAGAACUAGAGUGACUGUGUGACAGUCGCCUGCUGCAGAGUUUGACAGACAGCGGCCUUUUAUUCCCGCACAUGGACUGUUGAUGAAGAAAGAUGGCAGUGAGACUGGCAGGCGCCGCCCCUUCCUCUCGGCCACCUUCCCUCCCCCCAGCGGCCGCGCCUCGGACCGGUUAAGGUUUGUCUAUUGGCAUCCAUCGCAGCAUCGGCAGCAGCUGGCAGAGCGGGAAGGAACAGUAUGCAGGAAACUGACUUACCGGCCACAAAUGCCUUUAAAGAGUGCAAGUUCCACUGCACCAAUGGGAAUUGUUUGCGUCUGGGCUCGCUGAUCUGCAACCAGCUGAAUAACUGUGGGGACAACAGCGAUGAGGAGAACUGCCCCGUGGUCACCCAGCACCCUCCACCGGGCAUCUUCAACUCUGAACUGGAGUUUGUUCAGAUCGUCAUCAUCAUCGUGGUGAUGACAGUGAUGGUGGUGGUGAUCAUCUGCCUGCUCAACCACUACAAGCUCUCCACCUGGUCCUUCAUAACAAGGCAGAGCCAGGCCCGCAGGCACGACCAUGCCCUGCAGCAGGAUGGGUGUCUGUGGCCUUCAGACGGCGGCUCUCGACAAGGUGCCUCGGAGGUACUAUACGCUCCCCAGGCCAGGGAUCGCUUCACCGCUCCCUCCUUCAUGCAGCGCGACCGCUUCAGCCGCUUCCAGCCCACCUACCCCUACCUGCAGCACCAGAUUGACCUGCCGCCCACCAUCUCGCUGUCGGACGGUGAGGAGCCCCCACCGUACCAGGGGCCCUGCACCCUGCAGCUCCGCGACCCUGAGCAGCAGAUGGAGCUCAACCGCGAGUCGGUGAGGGCGCCGCCCAACCGGACCAUCUACGACAGUGACUUGAUCGACAUGGGAGGAGGCGGGGGCAUGGGAGGGGUGGGUGGAGGAGGGGGAGGAAUGGGAGGAGGCGGUCCAAGACCGCCCAGCAGUAACUCGGGCAUCAGUGUGGCUAACUCCAGCAGCCACGGGCGCAUGGAGGGCCCCCCGCCAGCGUACAGCGAGGUGAUGGGCCACUACCCCGGCUCAGCAUUCUUUCUACACCAGCACAGCAAUAACCAGAGGGUGGGGGGGCCGGGGAGCAGGACGAUCCAGCAGCAGAGCCAAUCAGAAAGCACAAUAGUACCUGCCAAGGCCAAGGACGGCCAACCGGAGGACCUGGUGUGAAGAAUUGUGUGGGGGGGCAGGUGGGGCCACCCACCCCAGACUGAAAACUGUCUCUCCUCUUCACCCCUGAUCACCUGUAAGCAGUGGUCUCUCUAUCGCUCUCUCUCUCUGUCUCAUGUCCUCUCUCCACACUCCCAUGCACAAAUAAAUAUCAACACUAGCUACAACAAAACAAGGAAAGAGAGGAACCAAGAGUUGAUUUCAUUUCAAUUUCUUUCCAAUGUUAGUAAUUCAAACAGCUAGCACUGCUGGGGCCGGAUGUAUGCACUGCGUGGAGAGUUUUUUCUCCUCUACAUGAGAAAGAAACAUACAGACUGAAAUGAUUUGCUUUUUUGUCCCCUCGGUGACGGCUCUGUCCCCAGGAACUGAGGAUGAUGUUUUUCUUUUUUGUUUCUUUUUCGGACCGGGAUCUGUGCACAAAGCGAGAACUGAGAAUCAAGGACUUACAGAGAACACAACAAAACAGACUCACAAACCCAAAUCUUAGUGCCAAGGUUCAAGAGGAAGCAAAGCAAGGGGGGGAAAAAAAGACUCGUUCUAACAUUCAAAACACAAAAAAGAAAAGUUAUCUAAAAGUUGCACUAUCUUUUUGUUGUAAAAGAGAAGAGGGAAAUUAUGCUAUGUGAUGAUAAUAAUGAUGAUGUGUUUGUUUUUCUCUUCUUUUUUUUUUGUCCUUUUCAUGAAUGGACUGACUGAUUGAACUUUGGCUCCAAAGUUGUUUAAACAGUUGGGAGCAAAAAAAAAAAACAAAACAAGUAUUAUAAGCUUAUGUCCUUCCUUUUUUGAAAACCGCAAGAAAUACUCGUACCCAGCCUACAACAUCUCUGUCUGCUUACACCACAGGCACAGUGAGACUUAGUAAGAGAAUAACCUUGUACUGCUCACGUCUGUGUACACUUCAGCCGAGUGGGGAAGAAAUCUGCCUCAUGACCAGCCGCUGGGUGUACGAAACAUUUCUUACUUCCUCUGGUAGUUUGUUACAAGAUUUGAUGAGAUGGGUUUCCCAAACCAGAGUAGUACCUAAUCUCUUAAAAAGAUGAGAGCUGCUUGGCAAGAUCCAACAUGCUCCAUACUAACAUUUCUGGAAAAUCUGGCCAUCUGGUUGGAUAUCAAGUUAACAAAGAAUAACAUAACUCCAUAACAAAACAAAAAAAACAUAUCUAACCGUCCAUCCAGCAGCCUGGUCACAGCAGAUUCUUCACUUUUCAACUCUGACCCGACCUCUGAACACCUGACACUUCCUCUUUCCUGUUUCCUGCGUCCAUACACCCCCACCGCUCAUCUCGACAUGCACAGUGCAUUCUGCCAACAGCCAACACUGAACACGAACCCCGCCGCCAUGACAACGGAAACACACAAAAAAACAACAAAAAAAGAAGGCUCGGCUCUCCGUCUUCACGUCUCUAAAGCCACAAAAAAACCCCAAGAUGACACAAAGUGAAGAUUCCUGUCUGCAUCCGCCAGCACAGCGAUCAGGUUUUAAACGAAAACUGUCUGUGGUCGAAGUCAAAGGGCUAUGGGAGGGUCCUUUUUGUAAAAGAAAACCUUUUUGAAAAUCGAGCCUUUUUCUCUGCUCAUCGUUGCCUUCUCCUCUGCUCUUGCGCUUUCUCUGUCUCUCUAUCUUGUUUGCGUUCAACGCCGGUGCCCCCCCCCCCAUCCCAGCUUUUUAACAGUGUCUCUGGUUAACACUGUUCAUCAUCCCUCCUUCCAUCCGUGUGCAGAAAAAGUGCGUUCAAAUGAUGCAGAGUCCGCCAAGCCCUUUAAAGUGGAGACUGGAGUGGAGCCCUUGUUUGGCAGUGUGCUAGUGCAGUCCUCUCCUCCCUGUGUGUGUCUGUGUGCGUGUACAUGUGUUGGUUAGACCUUUUAACAACACAGAAAAGCACUUAAUGCUCCUGCAGGAGCAUUGUGUGUGUGUGUGUGUGUACGCGUGUGUCUGUGUUUAUCGGAGUGAUUUAUUAGCCGCUGAGUUUAGAGAUUCAAGGACAUAUUACUUAUUUGGCACUGUCCAUAUUAACACAUCAUUAAUUAAGCUUUCAUUAAAGCCAGAGAUGCAUUGUGGUUGCUAUCGUGGUGCAGAAGUGACCUCACUGUAAAAGCUCAAAGAGAGUGCAUGCCACAGUCCACCCCACAGGUUCCAUUAUAGCUGCACAAGUAAACUACACCUUUCUUGAUAAUGGUGAUACAGUAGAUUCACACACUGUGUCCCAAUUUCAUACUACAUACUUAUUCUCAGCAGGUUUUGAGUAUGUAGUGUGUUCAUACAAAAAAAAGUGUAAAAAUGGAGUAUACUCAGUUUGUACACUAAAGACAUUUGUUGUGAGUGCAGUGUAGAUGGAUACUAUCGUCCCUCAAUGCAGUGCACAAAGGAAAUAGAGGAGCUGCUCACUGCUGCAAAAUAUUAAAACAAAUAGUGGUGGUGCGACAGCUCGAGGAAGAUCUGAGAAAAGAAAAUAGAAAGUUCUAAAUCUUUGGAAAAGAAUUUUGCUUUCUCUUUGAGGAGAUUGGGAGGAUAAGGCUGGUGUUGUCACAUGACAAGACCAAAACCUACAGUGUGUUCCUUUGCCUGUCUAUACUUUCAGACUUCCCUACCGUGUCUGUGGCCCCAAGCCCACUGUUCCUACUGAAGAUGUAAAUCUUUAAAAACCCAAUUAUAUGGUUUGACAAAAAUUUCUUAGCUCAUCAUCCACUUGUUUUUUCCAAAGCUGGUCUUUGGCAUUGGAUGUGAAUCUCCUAAGGCCAACACCAAAGACUAUUUUUGAACAGAGAAAGGGAUUACUAUCUCUUCCCCAUAUAUACUACCACCUGUUAUCACGUGACCAAAGUUCCAUACUUGGGUCAUGUUAUAACUGAGGAAACUCCAUGUGCUGAGGAAGACUGUGAUAGGUGGUGGAAAGUUCCCGAUAAAGGUAGUAAGUGGACCUUGAGUAAAAACUUUUUUUUGUCAAACUACCGUUUCCAAUGUCAAGAAGGAACUUUCACCCUCACAAUUUUUGGAAAAGUGUUCCUAAAACAGCUGCUCACUGUAGUUUUUAGAAAACAAACAGGAGUAAAUAGUGCAUUUGUUGGGGACUAUUUUCAGCGGCGGAUUAAUACACAUUUGGCGCUCUAGUGAGUAUUUGGGGCAGCAGGACGGUGUAUGUGGGACUGAGUUGAAACUACAGUGUGUGUGUUCAUGGUAAUGAAGGAACAUGUUACCCAGUCCAACAGUGUGGCUCAUUGAUGUGUUUUACAGUUUUUGGACAACAAUGGAGCUCUAUGGCACAGAGGAAUAAGAUAUAUCAGGCUUCAUUAUACACACAAUACUUUUUUGUAGUAUCAACACAUUGUUGGUUUUGGUCUUUUUGUGGGAUUUACUGAUAAGAAAAAUAUAGAAUAUCACCAGACUUAUCUUUUAAAGGUGGGGUAUGCGAUUCUAAUCCAACACGUCUUUUUGUCAAAUUCAGUGAAUAUCUCCUCACGGUCCGCUAGCUGUCCGUUCAGUGUGUGCGCUGUAAAAAAACCUGCAGUGUUUGUACACAGCCCUGGCUCUGUAAAUGGGAAACAGACAAAGUGGCUCGGACCAAGCCAACACUAUUCCAGCCAGGAUUUGUGUGUCAGGUAACGUUAAACGACUUGCCCACGGACAUUCUGCUGCCUUUCUAGUUUGCCAAGAUAUGCUGUUGUUGUGAUGUUAGCUAUAGUAGCAGGAGAGUUGUGUGCAUCGCUGUCUGGAGCUGCUGUGCUGGCUCUGGGAAACAUCUCGUCCUCUCUGCCUGUUAGCUUCGCAGCAGCAACUGUAGCGACAGUCUGCUAACCCACAACCUAGCUAACAUCAGUUACAUGACUUGCUGUGUCGUUGUUCGCUCUGUCAUGAUAUUUGUCAUGGUGUUGGAUUUCUCCAGAAUGGCAUACCCCACCUUUAAUUGGCAGUGGCAUUCCAAAGUCGCAGUUUGAUUGACAUCUGUUAGCACACAUUUUUUAUUACUUCCUGUUAGGACAGCACAGAAAAAAGUAAGAAAAAUACAUAGAUUUCUUGUAUACUAAUUGCAAAAACAGUAUACUAUGAUAAUAAGUAUAUAGUACAUACUGUAUACUAUUAGUAUAUAUUAUGGAAUUGGGACACAGGUAUCUUUUUUAUGCUCUCAAUAAUUUGAUUCAUGAUUUCUACGGACUUAAGUUCUUCACACUUUGAGACAUUCAGUUAUCCUCUGCUGGUGCUAGUUACAGCCAGUGUGAAGUUGCCUAAUGCAGCAUUAAUGAGUAUUUGAAAGUAUCAUGUAAUGCUAAUGCAGCGGAGAGGCCUUAUGAUGAGCUGAAUUCCAGUUGAAACAUCAAACUGGGAACCUGGAAAUGUUCCUGUAGUCCUCUCCUUGUGCACUUAGAGCUCCCAUCUGACUUUACACCAUUCAGAUGUCAUGAUGGUGGAGGGAAAAAGGUUUUGGGUCAGUUUGAACGAACGCCUUCUGAUUCCGUUAGCAUCAGUGUGUUUGAAUGUAUGCAUGUGUCCCAGUUGUGUGUUUCUGGUCAGUGUGUCCAUCUGGCUCUACAGUUGUGUAUGUGUGUGUUACUACAUCGCUGCUGCUAUUGCUGUUGCUGCUACUGCUACUAUUGUUGCUACUGCUGCUUCUCAUGCCCCCCCCUCCUUCUGUCCAUCCUGUCCCCUCAACUCACCCAAAACUAGAAGGACAGAAAUCCGACCAUCUGCAGUCAAAAGCACACGUAUUGAGACAAAAACGUGGUCUUGUGUCCUGUAAGACCCCUAUUGACACGUUUUCAUUUUGUUACACAGAAAUCGACGCGAAUCAGUUGUGAAAAGAUUGUCCCAACACUUUUGCCUUUGGCUGUACGGACCUGCUUCAAACCUGCGUUUCUUUCCACUUUCCCUUCCUUCUUUCUCUUGUUUUCUCGCCUUGUUCUGUCCGCGCAGUCAUAGCUUGUAAAUUGAGGAUAUAAAGAUGAAUUUUAUGUUUUCUACAAGGAGGUUUGCAUGUUACUAUUAUGUGAGUAAAUAAGGUGCCUAAUGUUCAUGUUUGAGCAGACCACACCUCAGUGAAACUGCUGCUUGGAAUCCUUACAGGUGCUUUAUCUCAGGCUCGACCGCCUGUCUGGCAGAAUGGAACAGAAAUAUGUGAGAAAAGGUUAGCUAGGCCAGAAUCUGAUCCUGCAGCGAAGUGGGCAAAAACCGCAUUUAAUUCAAGGUCUACAUGAAACUAUAAAUUUGGUGACCGCAGGACCGGCGUGCCUGUUUCCAUGUCAGCAAAACGCCGGCUGCCUCCCCAAGCUGCGGCUCAACCUUGACCAUUUUUAGCUCUGAGUUCCGGUUAAGAUCAGUGCACCGGCGGUGUUUGCGAGCGGGCUCACCAGCCUGCUCGCUUCCAUUAUGCUAGACAGCAGCGGUCACCCCUGGAGAAGCAACUGAAGCCAUUUCAACCAGUAAUUUGACCAGUGUGUGGAGCAGACAUAGGAACCCACUUGCACUCAAAAAGCUCCCACCUUCGUUGUGCCUCACUUCCAACGGUGCUUUUUUCAGUAGUCUGUCUUUCUUUAUGUUUGUUUGUAAGGUGCUGUAUAUAACUUGAAUAUAUUAUGCACAUAUCCUACCCAAUGGGUAGAAACCACAAAAAAAUGUUGUGAAUAAUGUAAUAUAAUGUAUAGACAAUAUAAGAAUUUUAAGAAGGCAGCAUCAAAUUUGUAAAUGCCUACAGUUAAAAACAUGCUUUGUCUUUUUUUAAUGAGAAAACAUGGUUUGAAAAGUAUGCUUAGAAUAUGGUUGCAACUCAAAUACAAAUUACUACUUAUAAUAUUUUGCUAUAAAUAAUAGUCUGUUAUGAUAAGGAUGAGAUAACCUCUGGAUUAAGGAAGUUGUUGAGAAAGGAUAUUAUUCACUUGUUUAUUGGAUCAUCUAAAAACAAGCUUACACAGUGCUUGCCAUCAUUUGGGUACUGGCUCGUGGUUUUAUUUUCACCAUAAUCAUCUAACAAAUGUAUAGUUCUAUUACACAGAUCUUUUAAGAAAACAGAAAUCACACACACACAUCAGUUGGUGUUUAUGCCACGACUUCAGCCGGGCCCCGGUUGAAUUUUCAACUCGCUUUGUAAAUCGUUGAACAAAAGAAGCCGAAGCUGUCUGGUUUGGGAGACGCGUCACAUGACCACUGCACACGAGAGCCGUCAGCACUUCCAAAUAUGGAAGACUAUGUGUCUGUACUCAUAGAUCUUAACAAUAUUUUUGUUCAUUUCAGCUGUAAUUUUGUAUAUCUGCCAAAGUAUAAAUCUGUGGAGCACACUCAGCACUGCUGUAGAUCUGGCUGGAUGUUAGGCUCUGGUUAAAGCAUUUCAGCUCCGUUACAGGAGGAUCACUGACUUCUGAUCGCAUUAAUGUUGAACAGAAAAAAAUGGAAAAACAUGAAAGGAAAAAUGGUCAUUCCCUUUUUUUGGUCAAGAUUGGAAAGUUGCACCAGCGUGAAACGAGUGGAAAAAUGCCGUUAAAACUGUCAUUUAACUUUUCUCUUUAUUAUUGUCAUUUUUUAAUUUUCUACAUUACAAUGUUAUAUGUGGCACAGUAUAUUGAAACAAAAGUCAUGUUUAAUCUGCAGUCAUUUAUUUACAGUAUGUACUGAAAAUAACUCCACUGUACAAUAACCGCAGAGCAUGUUCAUUCUUAUCUAUAGACGAUGUACAUAGCAACGCGCCAUUUUCUCUUCAAAGCACCAAAUAAGUGGCAGUUGUGUAGUUUUAAUUUGGAAAAGUCUCUAUUGUAUCUUCUUCUUAAUAGACCUUUUUUUCGUUUCCUGCACUAGCUUGAAGAACUAACUUGGGCUCAGACUGAAUUUUAUUUGAUUUCUCCCCCUGCAGCGCGCUCCCUCUUUCCACUUAUCAGAAGUCUGUACUCAACUGCUGACAACAAGUAGCUGUUUUUAUCGUUCCAGAUUUUAAUAAUAAUGAUAAUAAUAACAAUGAUAACGUCUCAACAGUUUGGUAUUCUCUCUGUCUUGACAGUUACCAUAGGACUGCUUCCAUCAUGGGUUUUGUAACAUCGGUUUGCUUUAUUUACAAAAUGAAUCCUUCUCGUUCCCUCCUCCCCCCUCUGUGCUGAAAUCUACAUGUAUAUAUGACUGUAUUCAGUAACCAUACAGUGCAUAUAUAUAUAUCCAAACACAGAGGUAAAAUUGUUGUGUAUUUUUGCCUCUUUUUAUUUAAGCAAUUGUGAUGUAAUAGGUUUUAGGCCUAAGGUCUGUUAUUGCAAUACUUUUACAGAAAAGAAGAAAAAAAUCAAAAAAUGUUGCUCUAAGUGCUGUUGUAGUCAAAGAUUUUAUGCUUGUACUUAUGCUGUAGUCAAACUGCAGCGUAAUGAAUAAAACUUUAAAAGUGA